CAUACGUAAAGUAAAGUAAGGUAACCAGCUCACCAAGCCGCUCAAUUCAAUGACUCCACCUUCUUGAAAUCUGACUCAAUUCGUUUGAUCAAUUAGACGACACACUGAUGUCGGUUGCCGUCGGCUGUCGACGGAAUACAUGGGGGUCUCGGAAGCUACCUCACCUUGCCCAGGCAAUCCUCCUUGAGUCUGUUUGGAGACCGGCACAUUCACAGGACAGGUCAAAGUUCAUGGUCAUGUUCAUGGCGGGGUAACGGGAGAAAGACCGCUCAAGAUGACGUAGACAGACCGUAGGAACGGUCUAUACUGCAUCCAUGAAUUGGGUAUUCUCUUCUUCCUUCUGAAACAAGGUCUCUCAACAAUGAGAUGGCCAGGUGCCAAAGAUCAACUGCAAUCAAUCAGCAAUGGCAGACAACGAACCAGAAGCAGUUCAAGUGCAUAUCUCAUCUGAUGGGAUCACCACAAUAACCAUCAACCGAGAGCAUCGAAGGAAUGCAAUCGAUGGACCAACUGCACGCAAACUCACAGAUGCUUUCCUGACCUUUGAGAAUGACCCUACCCAGAAGGUUUGCGUCUUCUAUGGAGCGCAUGGUACUUUCUGCGCUGGCUUCGAUCUCCACGAAGUCGCACAGUAUGGGCAUGGGUCUAGAGACAGCAGCUACAAAGGACCCAUCAUCGACGACAGUCACCGAGUCUCAGGCCGCAACAUUGGGCCCAUCGGGCCAUCACGAAUGCGAAUCAAAAAGCCAGUAAUCAGCGCUGUAUCAGGGUAUGCUGUCGCUGGAGGGUUAGAACUUUCCCUCCUCGGUGACAUUCGAGUUGCCGAAGAGACCGCGGUCUUUGGGGUGUUCUGCCGACGAUUCGGCGUCCCCCUCAUCGACGGCGGCACCGUUCGUUUGCAAGCCAUUGUGGGCCUCGGUCGAGCCCUCGACAUGAUCCUCACCGGCCGUGGAGUAUCCGCGGAAGAAGCGUUGCAUAUGGGCCUGGCUAAUCGGGUAGUGUCCAAGGGGCAGGCUCUGGCAGAGGCAACGAAUAUCGCACGACAACUGUUGGCAUUCCCUCAAGCCUGCAUGAACACCGAUAGGGCGAGCUGUUAUUACUCAACUUAUGAUGCCAGGUCAUUCGAGGACGCUCUGAGCAACGAGUUUGACCAGGGGAUCAAAGUGAUCAACAAAGAGAGUGUCCGGGGUGCAGCGGAAUUUUCCAAGGGAGCGGGAAGACAUGGAAGUUUCGAAAAGGCCAAGAUUUGAGGCUUGGCUAGAUUAAUGGCAGGCCAGAAAUGAACCGGCGGGAUUGCCGACAUCGGAACCUGUAGACAUAAGGGAGUUGGACCAGGAAGAGAUGUCUGGCUGUUUUGGAGUUAGCAUAGGGCGUAGAAUGUCAUAUGGAUUCCUUGUCAAGGGCGUGCUCGUUUCGUCGACUGGGGCGCUUAACGGCCCACGCAUUGAGCGAGGUGAGCAAUAGCCAUGGAGCUGGAAGUCAAGUAUGACUACCAUCCAUGAGAAAUGUCUGAAUUGUUCUUGUUGAUUUGUAAGAAAGGUAGAAGAAACAGGCGAUGUCGAGAUUUCGGAUAGUUUCAACACGCCGCUAGGAUCAUGGCAUCCUUGCGGAGUAGUCGGCGUAAUCGGCGUAGAGUCAAGCACGAAGCGAAGUCUUUGCAAACCUGUGCAUACGUGGAAAUAGACUAGCGAA